CGUUCGGAAAUACUCGUAAGCGUCCGUCAAGAGUCGUCGAGCGUCGAGACGAAUUUUGCAAGAUUACAAGACCAAGUUUUGGAAAAUGAUUCGUUUCAUUCUUAUUCAAAACCGGGCGGGAAAGACGCGCUUAGCGAAGUGGUAUAUGAAUUUCGACGAUGAUGAAAAACAGAAAUUAAUCGAAGAAGUCCACGCUUUGGUCACAGUAAGGGACGCUAAACACACAAAUUUUGUUGAAUUCAGGAAUUUCAAGAUUGUUUAUAGAAGAUAUGCUGGCUUAUAUUUCUGUAUUUGUGUUGAUGUCCAGGAUAACAACCUCUAUUACCUAGAAGCCAUACACAACUUUGUGGAAGUUUUGAAUGAAUUUUUCCAUAAUGUCUGUGAGCUGGAUUUAGUAUUCAAUUUUUAUAAGGUUUACGCUGUUGUUGAUGAAAUGUUUUUGGCUGGAGAGAUUCGUGAGACAAGCCAGAGUAAAGUUCUGAAACAACUACAAAUGCUUCAGCAAUUAGAAUAAUUCAUUCAUAAUUUUAAGUAUUUAAAACAGAAUGAGGACAUGCAGGUGAUAUACAAAUCUAUUUGAAAGUGAUAGGUCCAUGAUAGGAAGAAAAGAAAUAUGUUGGGUCAAAAUCACUUUGUAUUGUCUUUGAAUCAAUGUUUCUUAUGGUUAUGAUCAGCUGGGUACACUUCACAAGAAUUUUAGACAUGUCUCUGGCCUGCACUAUUCAUAAGAACUUUCUCAGUACUUGGAUAUAAGCUUUAAGAUAAGUUGUUUGAUUACCUUGUACACCUGAGGUCCUAGCUGGAAGCUUAAUUAGGGGUGUGAAUGAAUAUUCAUAUAUUUGUCUCA